AUGGCAAAUCGUGCUUGUAACCUGGAAUGCGUGGCAGACCAUGCGGGAGACGACAUAGUAGAAUUUGUGGGCCCAGUUAAAAUCAUUUUAGUAAAUCAACCUAAACAUUUGUAUAAGCGCAAACGAUUUGAGGCUGGAUUUAUUGUGCUAUCCCAUAUGUUGAUGGGGGCUGCUAUUAUGACGGUGCUGUAUUAUACACUAAGCUACGAAAAAAGUGUAUGUUUAGGUGCCUUACAUGUAUUUUUGUGCACUGCUGGGCUACAGAUCUGCAUGCCAUUAGCAAUCUUAUCACUACACACGCUAAGCGGAUCAAGCGCACCGGUAAAGCCGACAGAUCGCCAAUGUGAACACGCGUUCAUACAUUUUUUGGGAAUUUUAUUUACCAUACUUGGCGCAGUUGCAUCAUUUUUUUGUGGUUAUUUUAAAUUCUCGAUACACUGUACAUUGGGUUGUGCUUCCUGUGCACUAGCCUUAUUCAAUGCAAUAGACGGUUUCCUCAUAUACGAUUAUUUCGGUAAUAACGACAAAGGGUUGAUCAGGAAAAUCAUUAGUAAAUUUCAUUCACUGUUUGGCAUUGUGACUUUGAUACUGUCGAGUGCAUGUUUUAUAUCAGGUUUGAUAAAACCCACGUUUACGAAGUGGACACCUUUACCAGAAAUGUCAGUAUUCUCAAUUAUAUUUUGUGUAUUUUAUACGACUGUGAUAUUGUAUAGGCCGAUUAAAGAAUUGUUUACUUUCUAA